AUGCCCGCUACUGAUAUUCUUUCAGCAAUCCCGACGCCCGUUCAAUUGCUCUUGAUCGGCGUCGGGUCUAUCUCCCUUGGCUGUUUUCUUCUCAGCUAUCUCAAGCUGAUUCUUGCUGCUUUCUUCCUCACAGGAUCUAAUCUUCGCAAAUAUGGCAAGCCCGGCACUUGGGCUGUUGUCACCGGAGCUUCCGACGGCCUCGGCAAAGAAUUCGCACUUCAACUAGCUAGCAAGGGUUUCAACCUUGUUCUCGUCUCCAGGACUCGCUCGAAGCUCGAAUCACUCGCCGCCGAACUACAAGAGAAAUUCUCUUCCAAGGGUCUCCAGGUCAAGAUCGUGGCCAUGGAUUACUCCCAGGACCGUGAUGAAGAUUAUGCGGCGCUGGGCCAGGCAAUUGCCGAUCUUGACGUUGGGAUCUUGAUCAACAAUGUCGGUCAGAGCCACUCCAUCCCUGUCUCGUUCUUGGAGACUUCACCAAAAGAGUUGCAAGAUAUCGUCACUAUCAACUGCCUCGGAACCUUGAAGACCACUCAGGUGGUUGCUCCUAUCAUGGCCCGUCGCCGCAAGGGUCUCAUCCUCACCAUGGGCUCCUUCGCUGGCUGGACUCCUACCCCCUAUCUUGCCACCUACUCUGGUAGCAAGGCCUUCCUCCAGCACUGGAGCUCGUCUCUCGCGGCCGAGCUCAAACCCCAGGGUGUCGAUGUCCAGCUUGUCCUUAGCUACCUCAUCACUACCGCCAUGUCCAAGAUCCGACGAUCGAGCGUCAUGAUCCCCAACCCCCGAAACUUUGUCAAGGCGGCUCUUGGUAAGAUUGGAACAGGCAGUUACCAGAUUGCACCCUCCACCUACACCCCUUGGUGGUCCCAUGCUUUCUUCCUCUGGAUCGUCGAGAAGACCAUUGGCCCCAUGCAUCCUAUCACUGUGUCUAUCAACCUGAAAAUGCACCAAGACAUUCGGAAGCGAGCCUUGCGCAAGGCUGAGAGAGAGGCCAAGAAGAACUAA